CCGAAACACGUAUAUGGAAAAAAACAUUGAUUCCUGGCACAGCUUUACUUGUUUGGACACCUCUUGCGGUUUAAAUAGGGACAAAAUGCAAGAACUCACAGAGGCGUGGCGGCCAUAUGCAUCUGUAGCUGAGCAACAAGCCAAGCGGACUCUACCCGACAUUUGCAUCCCGGGCGUCCUGGACUGUAUCGCCGGCUUCCUGAGCCCGAAUGACAUCGCGCUCGGGUUUCGUCUCAUCAACAAAGCCGCUGCAGCCCAGUUUAGCCACUACACAGUUCUUAAGCUCUCGCUGCCCUCACCACAUGCGGUGUUCAUCGCGCGCUGGUGCUCGCCCGGCGCCAUGCGCUCGCUGACCCUUGAGCGGCGCCGCAAGUUCCUGUGCCUUACCGCUGCCAGCGGCAGCCUGGACAACUUGCGUGCCGCUAUCACCGCAGCUGGGAUCAUGACCUACAAUGAGGUAUCAGAGGCCGCCGCGGCAGCAGGCCAGCUGCACAUAUGCCUCUGGCUGCAGCAGGAGGGCUGGCUCGUGGGUGACCCAAUGGCCGCAGCAGCCGGUCGAGGCCACAGGGAAGUGUGUGAGGGGCUCCUGGCGGCAGGGUACGAGGCUACCUAUUCUGCCGCCGGUGCUGCGGCCAGGGGCGGUCAUGCGGAGCUCAUGGUGUGGCUGCUAGGGCUGGUGCGACCGCUGCCGGACCCGGAGGACGACCGUUAUGAACGAUGGGAGGUAGACUGCGAGGCGGUGUGGGGCUGCGACCUGGAGACACUGAAGCGGCUGUUCCCCAACGGCAUGCCGGCAAUUCCGCAAAUGCCCGAGGCUGACGAUUCUGAGGAUGAAGAUCAGUUCAUUGUUGAGGAGGAAUGGGAAGUGCUCGUGGCAAGUCGCCUGGUAAACGCAGCAGCCAGUCCUACACCCGACUGGCAGGCCAAGGUGAAAUGGGUGGAGUCACAGGGCGUCCCGAGGGAGUGCAACUGGGCGAAUAGUGAAGUCGUAUGCCACCCGUAUGCGUUGGAGCGUCUGACCUGGCUGUGGCAGAACGGCUAUGACAUCGGGGACAUCCUUCUGUUGGCUGAAACCAUUAGGGCGGGAAACACAGCUGCGUUGGAGUACCUGCUGGGGGAGGUCGGGGUACCGCUGGACUGGCAUCAGUAUGGCGUGGAUGCUGCUGCUAACAGGGGCCACCUGGCCAUGCUGGAGCUGUUAAGCGACCGCACGGGGAUACCCCUGGUGAAUGCUCCAGGAAUCGAAGUUGCUAAUGUCGCACUCAGCGCAGUCAGGGGCGGGCACCUGGCGGUGGUGGCCUGGCUUGUAGAGCGGUUCGGCCCCCAGGCGGUGCCCCUCAGCGGCAAGCUGUUCCGGGGGGCGGCCUAUUCGGGCAACAUGGAGCUGCUGGUGUGGCUCCGGGAACGGGGCUGUGAAUGGGACGGCACGGCUUAUGUGGGUGCGGCGGAGGGCGGCUGCGGGCAGGUUCUGGAGUGGCUGAAGGCGGGCGGCUGUCCCAUGCCGGUGGACGGGUCCCCCUACGAGGCGGCCGCCAGCCACGACGACCAUGCCACCCUGACCUGGCUGCUGGAGGCGGGUGUACCCGUGGACUUGGAGCAGCUGGUCAAGAGGGUGUCGAACCCAGGAAAGCCCUGGAAGCAACGCCGCCAAGAGGAGAUGUUGUCCUGGCUGCGGGAGGAGUGUGUCCGUCGGCAGGGCGAGCAGUGAGCAAUGAUAGUUGUAUGCAGAGGAAGCUUCUGGGUUCAUAGGACUGGUGUGUUGAGCCGAAACCAUGUGACUUAGCUGGAAAAAUACCGGCGCGACCCGUGGGUCGGCUUUCUGUGCAAUGGAGCAGUGAGGGUACCUUACUCCGUAAAGGGUGCUAAACAGACCAAUAUGUGAUUGAUGCUAGAUAUGGAGUUGAGGAUUUCGUGUGACCGUGAGUCCAUUGAAUGAGCUCUGCGGGCGUGGACCGGGCGUGGUACAUAAAUCUUGGCACAAUAAUCGUACGGGCGGCAGGCGUGCCUUCAUCACUCUUGUCGUACGAAAGGAGCUACUGGUCGAACUGUAGCAGGACUGGGCCAUGCCGGCAUUGCUGUCUGUGACACAUGUAGACAUCUUAAUGGGUUGUGUGAGCUGAGUGGGCGGCUGCCAUGGCGGCUGCAAGCCGUGUUGUGAGGGCUCUUUGCAUUUCGACCAUGCAAUACGUGGCGCCACCCUGACUCAAUGUGGUGUAUACAGCAGUCGGG